AUGAAAGUUAAAAGUUUGAUGUUACCGUAUGGUAACGCUAGGCGCCUGUACUACAUAUAUUAUUUAUUUUUCAACAGAACUGGAUUUUCGCUGUCUGAAGCAUUAGACAUUUUAUAUAAUGAUGACAUAGAUGCAGAUGAGAUAUUUAUUGAACCACCGGAACCGUGUGUUCAAAAUGAUGAAGAUUCCGGAGAUGAAAAGAAUGGUGAAGUUGACAAUUUAUCAGCACGACAAUUACGAUCUAAAGCAGAAAUUAAAUUAGCCAAUAAUAAGAGGUACGGCGGUAUUGGUGAUGACAACAUUUAUCCUGAAGAAAGUUUGAGCAGUAAAUCUGGGACAUCGAGUGAACAAUAUCAACAUGUAAGCGUGAAAAGUACUGAUGAGUGGAUGAAAAAAAUUAAAACUGGUAAGAAAUCUUUUACGUGGAUAAAAGGGGGAGAUUUUGAAGAGCUUCAAUUGAAGUUUCCUCAACCUGAUUUUUCAAAGUAUAAAAAYUUAUCUAUAGUAGAMAUUUUUGAAACUUUUUUGGAUUAUGACAWAAUUAAUUAUCUCGUGGAUGAAACUAGACGUUAUGCACUUUUUUUAAAUUGUCCAGAUCCACAUAUAACGCAUGACGAAAUUCGAUGUUUUAUUAGUAUUUUAUACCUUAGCGGAUAUAAUAAAUUACCUUCAAAAAAAUYKUUUUGGGACUCUAUGGAUGAUAUGAAUAAUAAAGCUGUAUGUAAUGCAAUGCGCCGUGAUAGAUUUUUGCAAAUAUGUCGCUUUAUUCAUUGUGUUGAUAAUACACAAAUUAAUGCUAAAGAUAAGGCUUGGAAAAUUAGACCUCUUAUGAAUAUGAUAARAAAUAAAUGUUUAGAAAAUUUUGUACCUCAAAAACAUCUUGCUUAUGACGAAUCAAYGGUGAAGUACUUUGGUAAGCAUGGAUGUAAGCAAUUUAUUAGAGGCAAACCAAUACGGUYUGGUUACAAAAUGUGGUGUGUCAAUACGAAUGMUGGUUAUCUCGUAAAUUUUGAAUUGUACYAAGGCAAAGAUCCUCGUGAAAAUGAAAAAUACAAUUCAAUAUUUGGAAAAGCAGUAUCACCUCUUGUUUUAAUGCUUGAAGACUUACCCGAUUCUAAAAAAAAAUUACCUUACUCGUUGUACAUGGAUAACUUAUUUACUGGGUUAAAUGUUUUUAAUUAUUUCAAAUAUUUGGGUUACUCAGCGAUUGGUACUAUACGGCAGAAUAGAAUACCAAAAACUUGUCCUUUGACCGACAAAAAAAAAUUUUCAAAAAAAGAACGUGGAAGUUUUGAAACUGCAAUAGAAAAAAAUGAGGGUAUUUUGUUGUUUAGAUGGAUGGAUAAUGCAGUUGUUACAAUGGCUUCUACUGAUGUCGGCACUGAAAAUGUUUCAAGUGUAAGAAGAUAUUCACAAAAACAUAAAAAGCAUAUAAAUGUAAGUCRCCCUAAACUUAUUGCUCAAUAUAACCAGUAUAUGGGUGGAACUGAUCAGAUGGAUCAAAACAUAGCCACUUAUAGAAUUGGGGUAAGAGGUAAAAAAUGGUGGUGGCCAAUUUUUACUUGGCUAUUGGAAAUUCCAAUGAACAACAGUUGGACUUUGUACAAAAAAKUUAAUUCUAAACAAAUUACCCAGUUGGAUUUCCGCCGUGAAGUAGUGCUUACAUAUUUACAAAGAUAUGGAAUAGCUCGAAUAGGCGCAGGAAGACCAUCAAAAUCUCUGUCAUCAUCCGACAGUCGUGUUUCCAAUGAUAUUAGAUAUGACCGUAUGGACCACUUAGUUUCAUUUACUCAAGAGAAGAAAAGAAGGAGGUGUGCAAAAGAUGGUUGUAAAUCGGUAGGACGGACAAUGUGUGUGAAAUGUGACGUUGGAUUAUGUAUCGAUUGCUUCGUUAAUUUCCAUAAAAAAUAA